AUGCGCCAUCUCAUCACGCUCGACGACGUCUCGGCGACGGAGAUUGAAACGAUCUUCUCGCUGACCGCGGACCUCAAGAGCAAGUUCGAGGCGGGCGUCCGCGAGCCGCUCCUGCCGGGCCGGAUGCUCGCGCUCUUGUUCGAGAAGCAGUCGCUGCGGACGCGCGUCUCGUUCGAGGCGUGCAUGACCCACCUGGGCGGCGGCAGCAUCAUGCUCGGCCAAGACACCGGCUUCGGCGGCAAGCGCGAGUCGAUGGCCGACUUCUCGCGGGUACUCAGCCAGAUGGUCGACGUAGUCGUCAUCCGCAGCAAACGGCACGAGACGGUCACCGAGUUCGCCGCGCACUCUUCGUGCUCGGUCAUCAACGGGCUGACGGACGUCUCCCACCCGUGUCAGGCGGUGGCGGACCUGUACACCAUCAAAGAACGUUUCGGGGACCUGCACGGCCGCAAGCUCGCCUGGGUCGGCGACGGGAACAACGUCGCCCGCAGCCUGGCGGUCGCCUGCGCGAAGCUCGGCGUCGAGUUCGUAAUGGCCACCCCCGCCGGGUACGAGAUGGACGCGGGCUUCAUCGAGGGCGUCGUUGCCGACAACCCCGGCGCCAAGGUCUCGGUGACCGGCGACGCCCGCGAGGCGGUCGCCGGCGCGUCGGCCAUCUACACCGACGUCUGGGCCAGCAUGGGCCAGGAAGCCGAGGAAGCGCAGCGCCGCAAGGACUUCGCCGCGUUUCAGGUGAACGAGGCGCUCCUGGCCGCCGCGCCGGACGACGCGGUCUUCAUGCACUGCCUCCCGGCCAAACGCGGCGAGGAGGUCACCGACGGCGUGAUGGACCACGAGCGGAGCGUCAUCGUCGAGCAAGCCGGCAACCGGAUGCACGCCCAGAAAGGGAUCCUCGUUUGGCUGCUCGCGUCGCACGCGAAAGUCUUCGCCCAGACCGAAUCCGCAUUCCGAAGUCCGCAUUCCGCGAUCGCCCACCAGCAACUCGUCCCAGCCGCUCGCCGCUCAACCCAAGACAGCACACUCAUGCCUCGCCACGACGGCCGCGCCGCCAACCAACUCCGCCCGCUGAAGAUCGAUCGCGGAUACACCUCCGCGGCCGACGGCAGCGUGCUGGUCAGCUUCGGUCAGACCACCGUGCUCUGCACGGCGAGCGUCGGCGCCGACACGCCGCCGUGGCUUGCCGGCAAAGGACGCGGCUGGGUCACCGCCGAGUACAACAUGCUCCCGGGCUCAACGAGCCCGCGUAAACCCCGCAAGACGGACGGGCGCUCGACCGAGAUCCAACGGCUCAUCGGUCGUUCGCUUCGCGCCGGCAUCGACCUUGAGGCGCUGGGCGAGCGGACCAUCACCAUCGACUGCGACGUGCUCCGUGCCGACGGCGGCACACGCACCGCGAGCAUCACGGGCGGGUGGGUCGCCCUGGCCGAGGCGGUCCGGUCGAUCCGCGACGAAGCGGGCGACCCGGUGUUUGGCGAAGCGAACUCACCUCUAGCCGACUCGGUUGCCGCGGUGAGCGUCGGCCUUGUCGACGGCGAGUCGGCGCUCGACCUCGACUACCGAGAGGACUCGACCGCCGCGGUCGACAUGAACGUCGUCGCGACCUCCGCCGGAGCGCUCAUCGAAGUGCAGGGCGGCGGAGAAGGCGCAACCUUCAGCCGGGAGCAGUUCGACGCGUUGCUGUCUCUGGCCCUGGAGGGCUUGAGCAACGUGGCGACAGCGCAGCUUUCCGCGAUCGGCUAA